AUGUCUGUCACAGCCACCGUCCAAGCCGUAAGACUUGAGGACGAUCAAUUCUCCACUACCGCACAAACGGAGGAGAGACCCGAGGAGGUCUGCGCAACUGGAGGGUAUCCGGCCCCAAGUGUCCCCGAGUUCAGCGACCCGUACAUAAAGCGACAGUGGCAAUUGGAACACAUGGCUGCUGUGUUUCGAGUAUUCGCGCGCAAAGGCUUUACAGAAGGAACAGCGGGGCACAUUAGUGUUCGCGACCCCGUGGAACCAAAUACCUUUUGGAUCAACCCUCUCGGCAUACACUUUGGCUUGCUUAGAGCAAGGGAUAUGGUACAGAUCAACGAGGAUGGCCAUGUUAUUGGUGGAAAUCGCGUCGCGGUCAAUAAAGCUGGUUUUCAAAUCCACGGAGCCAUCCAUAAAGCUCGGCCUGACAUUAAUGCUAUUUGUCACACCCAUUCUCCUGCUGGAAAGGCUUGGUCAACAUUUGGGCGUCCUCUUGACAUUAUCAAUCAAGAUGCCUGUACCUUUCUUGGUAUCCAGGCUGUCUAUGAGAACUUUGGAGGCAUUGUCCUAGAACGCGAUGAGGGUGAAAGAAUUGCCGCGGCACUGGGCAAGAGUAAACGUGUUGCGAUUUUGCAAAAUCACGGGCUUCUCACUACGGGAUCCACUGUUGAUGAAGCAGGUUAUCUGUUCACACUCCUAGAGCGAUCUUGUGAGGUGCAGAUUAUGGUGGAAAGCACCGGCCUUCCGAAGAAGAUUAUCGGAAAGAGAGAAGCGGAAUACACCGCCAAAACUUACCAAGAUCCAAAAACCCUAUAUCUUGAAGCUCAACCAGAUUUGACUUAUGAAGCUACUUAUUCUAAUGGUGGAUUAAAUCUCGGUUUUCAAUGUUGA